CGUUGCAUUCGAAUCCUGUGGCUCAUCAGCUCCACACGGUGCAUCCAAUAGAAUCUUGAUCGGUUCUGCUAGCCCUUCGUCUGUACAACAAAUCAUCAUGGUUGUCGGUAAUCAACGUCGUCACUCGAUGAUGCCUUCACUUCUCCAGCUCAUUUCGGUUCAAGCGCUGCUGUUGACACUCUCGGCUAAUUGUCAACGCUAUCCAACCUACGGCGUGCCUUUUAUAACUAGCGGAAUCGAUCGUCUUUACAACCCGCUGUACUCUCCUCCACCGCCACCUCCGAUGUCGUACGGCAGUUCUUAUAGCCCAGCUAUAUAUGGCGUUCAGUCAUCUCAACCGACUUACCGACCAAAUUAUUCACCGGCGUUGUCCACCUGCCAUACUUACUACUGUUACCGAUCUGCUUUGCCAUUAACUGCAGGAUCUACAACAACCGUAGCACCACCACCGCCACCAACAACAGCAGGUCCUUGCGGUAACCGUGACUUUUUAGUUUGCGUAGCAGAAAACCUGGCUUCCACUGCGUUGGCUGUCGCCUCUUCACCUUACCAAUAUCAGGCAUAUCAAAAGUACGAUGUCUGCCCGGCUUAUUUUUGCAGAGUGGUCACGACAACUGCACCCACUCCGCCGGCAACGGCUGCCCCCGACACAUGCGAUGCCUUUCAAUGCGAAAUAGCCGAUUGAACAAACGCAAUGUGACUGCAAAUUGUUGUAUAAAAGAUGAUGUUAUGGGUUAAAAAAGAAUCGUAUGUGUUUAUUGUUGUUGCAUAUGGUUUUGCCUCUCU